CUUCAGCUUCACCGGCGGCGGCGCCACCGUGAAAGGAGAUGAACAUUUGGACGGACGAUAACGCUUCCAUGAUGGAGGCUUUCACUACGUCGAUGGACCUGGCUGGAUUUUGGCCGCCGGCUACUCCGGGGCCGACGACGGCAGUGGCGGCUACGCCUCCGCCGAUGUACUUUAACCAGGAGACUCUUCAGCAACGAUUCCAAGCUUUGAUUGAGGGCGCGAAGGAGAAAUGGACGUACGCUAUCUUCUGGCAGUCAUCCGUCGACGAGGCCUCCGGCGCGUCGUUGCUUGGCUGGGGUGAUGGUUACUAUAAGGGCUGCGAGGAAGAUAGGCAGAAGCGGACUUUGGGGAACGCGGCAUCCGCGGCGGAGCAGGAGCAUAGGAAGCGCGUGCUCCGAGAGCUCAAUUCGUUGGUAGCCGGCGGAGGUUCGUCGUCGCCGGAUGAAGUCGUGGAGGAGGAGGUGACUGAUACUGAGUGGUUCUUUUUGGUUUCUAUGACGCAGUCUUUCGUUAACGGAGCUGGGAUCCCCGGGCAAGCGUUGUUCUCUGGGUCGCCGAUUUGGAUCGCCGGUGGAGACCGGCUUCAGGUGUCGGCGUGCGAGCGAGCUCGGCAGGCGGAGGUGUUUGGGCUUCGGACGAUGGUGUGCGUGCCGGUGGGGGGUGGCGUGGUGGAGCUUGGCUCCACGGAUCUCAUUUUCCAGAGCAACGAGAUCAUGAACAAGAUCCGGUUUCUCUUCAGCUUCAACGCCACGGAGAUGGAGAUGAAUCCAUCGGCUUCCUUCUUCCAGCCGCCACAGCCGGCAGCGCAGCAGCCGGAGGUGGUAGACCAGGGGGAAACCGACCCGGCGGCGCUCUGGAUCUCGGACCCCUCACUCGUGGAGAUCAAAGACUCAGUCUCGCCGGAGAUCUCAGUGUCGAAACCCCAUGUUCCUUUUGAUUCAAACCCUAGUUCCAGCACCCUGACGGAAAACCCUAGCUCGAUCAACCUCCAAAACCAGUACCAUCCCUCAUCGUCCCAUUUCACCAAAGAGCUAAAUUUUUCCGAAUUCCAUGUCAACACGACCGCAGCACCGCCCCAGUCCUGCAAGCCGGAAUCCGGCUCCAUCUUGAACUUCAGCGAAGGCCGGAAAACCCCAGCGCCGCUGCAGCACCAGAUCACGGACCAGAACAAGAACAAGCGAUCCACUGGAGCAACCUCACGGGCAAGCAACGAGGACGGAAUGCUCUCCUUCACCUCCACACCAGCCCGGCCCUCGUCCGCCCCAGGCAACGCCGGCGGGAUCAUCCUCAAUGGCGGCGACUCAGAACACUCUGAUCUCGAGGCCUCAUUACGGGAGGCGGAGAGCAGCAGGGUAGUUGCUGAGCCAGAGAAAAAGCCGAGAAAACGUGGCCGGAAACCGGCCAACGGCCGUGAAGAGCCACUGAACCACGUCGAAGCUGAGAGACAACGGCGGGAGAAGCUGAACCAGAGGUUCUACGCUCUCCGUGCCGUCGUCCCCAAUGUCUCAAAGAUGGACAAAGCCUCCCUUUUAGGAGACGCCAUUACCUACAUCAAUGAGCUCCGUUCCAAGAUGCAAACACUAGAAUCAGAUAAAGAAAUCUUGCAGUCACAAUUAGAAGACCUUAAGCAAGAUCAAGACGGUGACUCAAAACCAAUGAAUGGAAGUGCUGCAGCAGCAGCCAAGUGCAUUGGAGUAGAGAUUGAAGUGAAGAUACUCGGGCCGGAAGCGAUGAUUCGAGUGCAAUGCAUCAAGAAGAACCACCCGGCCGCGAGGCUAAUGACUGCUAUGAGAGAGCUGGAUCUCGACUUGCAUUAUGCGAGCGUUACCGUGAUGAAUGAUAUGAUGAUCCAACAGGCUACUGUCAAGAUGUUGAGCAGAUCAUACACACAAGAGCAGCUCACUGCUGCACUCUACUCCAAGGUUGCUGAAUCUUCUUCCUCCAAUGGUAAUGCUAGAUAGUUUGUUGUUGUUGAUCAAUUUGACAGUGCUAAGGAUUUCAUGCUGAUAUGCUGUUGUAAUGUAAAAUUAGAAUCUUUGUUUCUGUUCUCAGGCAGUCAAUCUCCAAGAAUGUACAUAGCCAAUGCAUUAUGUUUUUGUUGUUUUUGUUGUUGUUGUUGUUGCAGUUAUUGUGUCAUUUGAUCAAUCAGUAAACAGAGUGUUGUAGCUCC